AUGAAUUUGCAUACUCUGCACUAUUUCAUCAUGUCUCAAGUCUCUGGAAAGCAAGAUUAUAUAAAGGGUAAGAUUGAGAAGAAUCCUUAUGGAGUCAAGGUAAUGGGUUUGAAUGUGCAAUCUUCCACUCAAUCCAAGAAGGCGUCUGCUACGAAGGAUUCAAGAAACCCUGCCAGAAAGCGGUACAAGUCAAGUGCCAAAACCAUGAACAUUCCUAAAGCACCUAUGUUUGAGGACGUUUCCAAUGAAGAUUCUUUUGCUAAUGAUGAGGCCGAUGUUGAAGCAUCUGUCCCACAAACUGAAGUUCAUGUUCCUAGUGAGUCUGAUAAGGAGAAUUCACCAUCUCAGGAUGCAUCUUCUUCGUCCAAGUUCUUUAAACUAGAGAAUGAAGACAACAAGGAGGUCUCUUCAGAGGAGUCUAGAAAAUCCCCUCCUUCUGUCCAUGAAAUUUCAGAUGCUGAUGUACCUCUGGCAAGUGUCGCUGCUAGGAUGAAGAUUGGUGUUACAAAGAUGAGAAGAAGGGUUCCUGUUGAUGAAACCCCCUCUGUUUCUCAGAAGAAGGCCAAAUCCACUACUGCCACUCAUUCUUCAAGGCAUGUGAAUAAGAAAAGCACUGGUAACCAAAAGGUCUUGGAGUCCUCUCACAAGAAGGUGAAGAAGACUGUUGAGAAGAAGAAAAAGAUUCCAAGGGUUGAUCUGGAAUCUGAGUCUGAUGCUGAAGCCGAUUGGAAGUACGUUUGUCGUCGCCGGAUUGCAAAGGAAAGGGAGAUUGGCAUAGAUGUGCUUGAAUGUAAGGAGAUUGCUGCUCUACUUGACAGGGAAGGUCUGAGGAAGACAGUUCUGGGUAUUGGAAAAUGUUAUGAGAAGCUAGUGAAGGAGUUCUUAGUGAAUUUAACAGAUGAUGUUGGCAUUCCUGGAUGUGCUGAGUUCAGGAAGGUUUAUGUACGAGGAAGGUGUGUAACCUUCUCUCCUGCUGUGAUCAACCAAGCACUUGGGAGAAGUGCUGUGGAGUUUGUAGAAGAAGAACUGUCCUUGGACUUGGUUGCCAAGGAACUUACUGCUGGGCAAGUGGAAAAAUGGCCUACUAAGAAGCUUUUGUCUAUUGGGUUCCUGAGUGUGAAGUAUGCUAUCCUCAAUAGGAUUGGAGUGGUGAAUUGGAUUCCCUCUCAUCAUACCUCUGCUAUCUCUGCUAUUCUGGCCAAACUAAUCUACAGGAUUGGGACUGAGAUUCCCUUUGAUUUUGGCUCCUUGGUGUUUGCUCAAACCUUGAAACAUGCAGAGACUUGUGUUGUGAAGCUGCCCAUUUCUUUCCCUUCUCUUCUUACUGCAAUCAUCCUGAAGCAGCAUCCUGUUAUACUCACAAUGGAUGAUGUAGCUGUCUUCAAGGGUGCCCCCAUCACCUUGGAUCAUCGGUUGUUCCUGGAUCCUCAUGUCCUGGACAUUGAUAUGCCAUCUCGCAGGACAUCAAUUCCUGUCUCUAUGUCUGCUUCUGGAACUAAAAGUGUUAUUGCUGAGUUGAAGGAUCUCUCAAAGGAGCUGCAGGAGUCUAUCAAGAUUACUACUGAGAGGAAGCAGAAGGUGGAUGCUUUGGUUUUCAAGCUCAAAGAGGAGGCAUGUCACGAGGGUGAGCCUAGAGGUGUUGCUGCAGAGGAGGAAAGAUCUGAAUAA